UGCAGGAGGUGUUUAUAUUUGAAAAACAAAGGCAACUCAUCAGGACUAGAAUAUUAGGUCGUUCUUCCAGAGGGACUUCCACCAAGCAGGCCGUGGGAGGAAGGACACUCUGCAAUGACAGUGUGAGACUCACUCUUCGCUGUUAAUACUUGACAUGGUAGCCGCCAGAAUGUCCGAUUAACACUUUAAAACGACACAAUGUCAAGGGGCCUUCCUAGAAAGUAAAUUUUAUAAUGUAAACUUCUCUCACAAUAUCACUCCUUUGAAUAUAGUUUUCCUCCCUUUUAUUGACUUGUCAGCCUACUCAGCUCUCAGCCUUACGAGUCAUUGUCUGCCGAAGGAGACUGAGCCAACCAAUAACUGACAGUCCACUAUUCUUGUAGCUGAACAAAGGGCUUUCUGUCAAUAAAACUUUUAGUAUUGGACGCAUUGGCCUUUCCAUUUUACAUCUUGUAUUUUUUCCGACUGUCAAUAUUUAUCUUAUUUUGGUUCUGAAAAUCAUCCAGUCCUCCUCUCCCUUGGUCUCCUACCUAGCAGGUCUCCGUCGCCCUGUCACCAAGUGCCGCCGACGCUAGUACGCAGUAGCGCAGCCAGGCCCAGGCGAGACAACACAAAAGCGAAAAAUAGCUGGCCCGCCCGCUUCUUCUCUUUCUUCCUCACGCGCCUCCAUCCCCCACGGUACCCGUCAAUCUGUUCUACCUUGCCGGUGUAGUCAAUUCCAACCCUUCAUUCUUCUUCAUCGUGUUCAUCCUGAGACCGUCUGCGGAUCUGCCAUCUAUCUAUCUGGUCAAUCACAACACCGCACCGUGCGACCAUCGAACGAUUCACUAAAGGCUUUUCCCCAUCGUACCAGAGACAGACACCGCCCAAAUAAAGCAAAGCAAAGCACCUCGACCUCGUCGGCAGCCUUCACUUCGACUAGUUGCCACUACAAGGCCCCGAUCGACUCUGCACCGACGCCUCCGCAUAACGCGACAAAGAAGACACCCAAGCAACUUGUUCCAGAUUUCUCUGUGACUUUCAGUAGUCAUGGCGGUUCCUACACAGUUUGCCUACCGAACAUUGAAGGAGAUUGGCGUUUUCGAUGCCGCCCCUGUCUAUGAAUCUUUGCCUGGUUUCCAGAAACCCGAAGGUUCCUCUCGCUGCUCCGUCUACUCGCCAUGUGGCCGCUACUUCGCCUGGGCCUCCACCGAGGGCGUGUCAGUUAUUGACGCAUCCGUCGGACACGUCAUCACCACUCUCCCAACUCCCAACGUGUACGAAUUAGGCUUCUCUCCUCGAGGAUCAUACAUUAUUACCUGGGAGCGGCCAUCCAAGGACGAGAAGGGUGAUGCCGUGAAGAACCUCAAGGUCUGGCACACCGUGGAGGACGUUCCUGCUGGCGGCGAGAAGCAGGUUGUGGGAAGAUUUGUGCAAAAGAAUCAAACGGGCUGGAACCUGCAAUACACUUUCGACGAGAGAUACUGCGCCCGUGUUGUUACAAACGAGGUUCAGUUUUACGAGAGUGGUGAUUUGGGUACUGUUUGGAACAAGUUGCGUGCUGAGGGUGUUGCCGAUUUUGCCAUUUCCCCAGGCAAUAACCACUCUGUAGCUGUCUUCAUUCCGGAGCGCAAGGGCCAACCAUCAGCCGUCAAGGUUUUCAAUGUCCCUCAAUUCACCACCCCUGUCUCGCAAAAGACUUUCUUCAAGGGUGACAAGGUUCAACUGAAGUGGAACCAGCUUGGCACCACUUUGAUUGUUCUGGCACAAACUGAGGUCGACAAGACCGGAAAGAGUUAUUAUGGAGAGACUACACUGUAUGUGCUGAGCGCAAACGGUGGAUUCGACUCUAGAAUCACUCUGGAUAAGGAGGGCCCAAUUCAUGAUGUAUCGUGGUCACCGAACUCGAAAGAAUUUGGUGUCAUCUACGGAUACAUGCCCGCAAAGACGACAAUCUUUAACCAACGGGCCGUUGCUACCCAUACAUUCCCACUUGGUCCCCGAAACACUAUCAUUUUCUCGCCAACUGGUCGAUUUGUUUUGGUAGCAGGUUUUGGUAAUUUGGCUGGACAGAUGGAUAUCUAUGAUCUUGAGAAGGACUAUAAGAAGAUCUGUACAAUCGAGGGUGGAAAUCCAAGUGUUUGCGAAUGGAGCCCGGACAGCAAAUAUAUCUUGACUGCUACUACGAGUCCCAGACUUCGUGUCGAUAAUGGUGUUCGUCUGUGGCACGUUGGAGGUGGAAUCAUGUACAACCAGGAUAUGGUGGAGCUUUACAAUGUUGCAUGGAGACCUCAGAAGUCCGAGAGCUUCCCGGCAGGAGAUGUGCUUCAUCCGGUUCCAACUCCCCAUUCAUCAGCAUUGGCCUACCUCGGUACCGUCAAGACCCCUUCAAAGCCAGCUGGAGCAUACAGACCUCCUGGAGCCCGGGGAACCUCGACCCCCCUGCAUUUCAAGCGUGAGGAUGAGGGAGGAGCUGCCCACAUUGUCAGCAAUGGCACCUCAUUGGUCGGAUCGAAUGGAUUUGGAAAGCAACGAAGACAAGUUCCAGGUGCCGAAACCGUCGAACCCAGUCUCCCCCCCGGAGCUGCUCCAGCCAAUGGACCUGUACCAGGAACUGCUGAGGGCGAUGAGAGUUUGUCCAAGGCAGCAUUGAAGAACAAGAAGAAGAGAGAGGCAAAGAAGGCCAAGGAUGCAGAGGCUAAGGCUGCUGGCUUGAUCCCAGAACACAGCACCCCAGCACAAGGUGGUGACAACCGAAGUCCUGAGCGCAGAGACCGACGAGAACACCAGCGGAGUCGCUCAAAGGGUCAACAAGACAAUGUCCGAACCCCAUCUCAACAACGAUACCGUAGCAACACCUACCAAUCGAAUCAAGGCCGCUCGCAAGACGUCAGAAAUGGCAAUGGACAAAAUGGCAAUGGCUACUACAAUAGCUAUGGCCAAAAUCAAGGCCACCCCCAUCAAGGCCAGGCCCAAGCAGGCAAUGUUAACAACUUGUCUUUGAAUCUCGCUGCGUCUCGAAUCCAGGAUGCGCCUGAACUGUCUGUCACAUCACCAGGAGGAGGCAGUCCCAAUGCCAAGAAAUUGCGAGGAUUGCAGAAGAAGAUUCGGGCCAUCGAGGAUUUGGAAAUGCGCCUUGCAGGAGGAGAGAAGCUGGAGGACACGCAAAUGAAGAAGAUUGGUACGAAGUCAUCCGUCCAAGCAGAGCUAUCCGCCCUCGAAGCCGAAGGAUAGGAUCCUGACCGUGGACGAGCGGACUUGCAUGCGAGGAUGUUGGUUGAUUGCGUCGAUAUUUUCCCCAUGAUUUGUGAGGACUAUUGAAUGGGAAUGCUUCCGCGAGCUUGUUCAACGGAGAUUCCUUUGUGCGUUGAGUUUGGAUUCCAUUUGGAUGAGGAUGGAUGGAUCGAAGGUGGGUAUGCAUUAUUGGUGGCGUCGGAUAUGAUUGAGAUAUGCCUCCAAUCGAAGCUGGGCGACAGAAAAGGCAGAUGACUGCAUGGAAUAAUGAGGGGUGCGCUAGCUGGCUCUUGUCUCGAGUCUAGGAUUUGGCUCUAGACUGGAUUCGCAGCAUCCAUGUGAUUGACCAUAGGAAUGGUUGCAUAGACUCAGUCCAUAGAAUAAAGUGCGAAGAUCUGAGGAUGUGUUUGAUCUAUCAUUUCUGCUAUCUUCUUUUCAUUACCUAGUGCAAUUUGCGAUCUGGAAGUGCAAAUGAUUUGGUAAGUAGCAUGGUUGAAAAACAUGGGCUGUGUACUAGAAGGCAUUCUACAGAUGUAGAAUUAAUCGAUUGAUACAUGUGUGAAUUGGUCCCGUACUCGUCAAUCUCAAAAUAGCCGAUUCGAGAUUCUUUUUCUCGUUCUACAACUUGUCUCUCAAACUUGGAAUUCCGAGCUUGAGACGGGAGUUCGGCCUACGACGGACAAACAGGGCACAAUAACAGACUUUCUUGAUUUGAUCCUACAUAUCAGACCUUGCGUUUGGAUGCUGGGGGAAGUGCAGCGAAUGCAAGGAGCUUGAGAACUAUUAGGAAGGGUUGGGUAGUUAGUUGUAUUUGAUUGCUUGGGUGACAUUAAUACAAAGUCCAAACUCAAGGGCGAGAGUGCAAAUGGGGAGAGAGAUUAGCUGGGGAGUUUGCUCAUCCAAGUUAUUAGGGCGCGAAAGUUCGUGAGCUUUUUGUUCCUUGCUUGGCCCUCGUGUUGCUUCGUUUCCUUCCGACUCUUUUGCUUUUGGACUCAGGGCUGUGCAGGUCGAAGUAUCCUGUUAGGUUUGUAAUAUACCUUGCUGACACGCCACCUCUCCAGUGCUGGGAGAUGGAUCUAGGGGUCAACAACAUGUACUGCCAAGUUCUCCUCGAGCGCGUGAAUAAUUAUUUUACCCAUCACGUUGGUAUCAGAGAGAUUCGACUUGGAAGAUGCAAAGAUGGCUUUCGGAAUGAUUGUAAAGAGGGAGGAUUGGAAGGAAGAUUGUUGUUAGAGUUCCAGGCAAGGGUGGAGCGGGGGAUAGCCACCUAAUCGUAACGACAAGGUUUUGAUUUAUAACGAGGAUAGAGAGAAGAAAUGAUUGAUCGCGAGAUUUGAUUACAAUAGUAGGUAGAUAUGGAUUUUGGUGUUCGUAGCACUAGUGGUACGAUGGGAUUGAUCAGGC